AUGGAGGUUGGCAAAGUUGUACAAGAAGAAAUGGUAUUUCGAGGGGUAGAAUUUGCUGUUAAAGUGGUACUGGAGGAGGGACUGCUCAUUGUGGAAAUUUCUGAUGUCGCGACAGCUGACCAGUGGAGAGGAGAAUUUGAUCCUGCUUAUAUUGAGGACCUCACACGGAAAACAGGAAAUUUUAAACAGUUCCCUAUUUUUUGCAGCAUGCUGGAGUCUGCUGUCAGUAAGUCCAGUGAGUCAGUCACUCUUGACCUAUUGACCUACUCUGACCUGGAGCUGCUGAGAAACAGGAAAGCAGGUGUGGUAGGCCGUCCCCGCGCCCAGCAGCAGUGUCCGGCCCUUAGCGCUAAACGUUACCUGAUCCUCAUCUACACUGUAGAGUUUGACAGGAUACACUACCCCCUUCCACUACCAUAUCUGGGCAAACCUGAUCCAGCAGCCCUUCAGAAAGAGAUCCGAUCUUUGAGGGUUGAACUGGAUGCUCUGAGAUCUAGGGGAGACCAAAGAACCUCAGAUCAAGAGACACAAAGACUUCGGGCAGAACUGGCUCUGGUGACAGAGGAGAAGGAGGCGCUGGCUAGAGCUCUGGGGCGGUUGGAAGUCCUGGGGCCCAGUUCUGCCCCGGCAGGGGCCUGUGGGCUCAGGGAAGCAGUGCGAAAUCUGGAGGAGCAGCUACUGCGGGAGAGAGCCAAAAGCCAGCGCUCAGCCAGCAAACGAGGACAGGAAAUGUGCCUCCUGAUGGAACAGUUAGCAGAAGUCAGGGCAUCGGAGCGAGCUCUUCGAAUACGAGUCAUGAGUUUGACCAAUGAGUUAGCCCUGUUGAAACGAGGCAGGAUGACGCCUGUCCCCUCUGGACACAGUAGUUCCCGCAAUGACGGACAGCUGCAGCGGUCUGGGUCCAGGGAUCGCAGUCUGGGCCGAGUUGGGCUGAGGAGACACUCAGGGUCCAGAGAGAGGAUGGACAACAGUGCAGGGUCAACGGACAGGGGUCGGAGGGCAGGCUCCUCAGGGUCACACAAUUAUAUACGAAGGCCUUCUCCGUCUCCAACAGGGUCACGUGCACCUCGGUUUGACCCCACUGCCUACAUCCACGACCGUCAACAGCGCCAAAGAGAAGCAGAGCUUAGGAACCAAAGAAAAAUCAGACGGGACAUGCUGCCGUUGCCCAGUCAGAUGGAGAGGGGGCGUUCCCGGUCCAGAGAGCCGUGUUCACAGUUAAUCAAGGGAGGAAGUGCCGGCCGGGGGCGAAGUGUAUCUUUGGAGAGUCGGAGUCGACAGUCUUCUGAAAACUCAUGGGCUGAUUUUGAAGAGCUUGCUAAGCCCCUGCCUAACAGAGGAAGAAAGCUUACCUAUAAUGGCCCAGUCAUGACCAGGGGAAGACACCUGAGUAAAAAGCCAAUGUGCAGCACUCCUACUCAACGGCUAAAAGCAGCAGACAGAGAAAGCUCCAUAGGCACAGGGGCUGACCUGUCAGAGAUUGACGCUCGGCUCCAGGCUCUACAGGACUACAUGCGGGAACUAGACACGGGACACUGA